AUGGUAGCCCGUCAAGCUUGGAGGAUGCUACAGAGCCCCAAUGCCUUAUGGGUCCAUGUGCUUAAAAGCAUAUACUUUCCAAACUCUUCCUUUUUUGAUGUUAGGAAAGCUAGUCAUCCAUCAUGGGUGUGGACGAGUAUUUUGCAAAGAAGGGACCUUGUCCAACUCGGAGUAAGAUGGAAUGUUGGAAAUGGCCAGGACAUUUUGAUCUAUCAAGAUAAAUGGGUGCCCACCCUUCCUGGUUUUAAGGUAACCUCCCUCUCGGUCACUAACUCAUUACUUUCUUAUGUUUAUGAACUGCUUGAUCAUGAGGAGGAAUGGGAUGUUACCAAGCUUAAUACAUGUUUCAGUAGUGAGGAGUGUCGGGAACUCCAAAAAAUUCCUAUUAGAAUGUGCUCUGAUUCCUUUAUUUGGCAUUAUGAUAGAUAUGGAAAUUUUUCUAUAAAAAGUGCCUAUCUCCUUGCGAUUCAUGCUGCUAAUGAAACUGAUAGGAAUCAUGAUAAUUUGAUCAUUUCAUCUGCUGAAUGGAAACACAUAUGGAAAAUGCAAGUGCCUCAUAAGGUUCAAGUUUUCUUAUGGAGAGCUCUUCUUAACUCUUUGCCUUCAAUGGAUAAUUUGUUGCGGAGGGGAAUUGUACAAGAGGCGUUGUGUCCCUUUUGUCAUUUAACUGAUGAAUCCAUAAUGCAUUUGCUCUUUUAUUGCCCUCAUGUGGAACCAAUUUGGUUUGGUUCAGCCUUGGGUCUUGACCCAUGGCAGUUGGGGGUGGGUAAUCUUGUAGAAUGGUGGAGGUAUAUCAAGCGGGUAGCUAGACAAAUGCACUUUCCUUCCUUAUCGGAUUACUGUGCUGUUGUUUGCUAGAAUAUAUGAAGCCAGAAAUG